AAAAUAAAUAAAAAUCUUUUCCAUAUUUGACCCAAUUCUGGGUUACAACCACGACAACCCAGCAUUUCCAGACUGAGGAUCAUUUGCUGGAACAGAGUUAAUUUACCGGAAUGUAGUUAUAAAUACCCAGGGACUAUUUUAAUGUGUAGUUUCUCAGUCAGACGGCAGGUGGAAGCACAUUCGACACUUGUUUUUGUUCUUGAAACACUUGAGUGGUAACAUCUUUUAAUUUAGCAUGAUGACAAAUGAUGAGUUUCUAUUUAAGAUAUUAUACAUUCACAUUAUUUCAGUGUAAAAAACAACAACCUUAUUAUCAGUAAAUCAUCGAAACGCGGACAUAAAAGCGGCCGUUUACCGACAGCAGCAUCUCUUACCGGGACUAACGUUAACUCUCUGUCUCUCAGAGGAGUUCCCGGUGUUGUUCCGUGACAAAACAAACAUCAAACGCCAGGAUAAAUGAUGACUAGCGCUGGGAGAUUUUCUGGCACACUUUAUCGACAUAUAUUUGUUCCACCGUGUGCGUGUUUGCUGAGCGGAGGGAUUUCCCGCAUGCUGUCUGUUUAUUGCGGUUCUGCCGCGUUUCUCUGAAGUCUCCGGAUCUUUAAUGCUGCUGGAGAAAAUCUCUUCCACGUAAAGCUCCACCCAUCUCCACCUACAUCAUUUAAGUACUUUGACUUGAGAAGAGUCUGUUUUCAAAGUCAAGUCGAGCUGCAUUGCAUUCACUAAGACAUGAACUUAGAUGGGGACUGCAUCAUGUCAGUCAGUUGUGGGAAUGGCAAACUUAGACAGUGGCUCAUCGAGCAGAUUGACAGCGGGGAGUAUUCCGGAUUGGUUUGGGAAAAUGACGAGAAAACCAUUUUCAGGAUUCCAUGGAAACACGCGGGAAAACAGGACUACAACCGCGAUGAGGACGCCGCUCUCUUCAAGGCCUGGGCUUUAUUUAAGGGCAAAUACAGGGAAGGACUGGACAAACCAGACCCUCCGACGUGGAAGACCAGACUGCGCUGCGCCCUGAACAAGAGCAAUGACUUCGAUGAGCUGGUGGAGCGGAGCCAGCUGGACAUCUCAGAUCCAUACAAAGUCUACAGGAUCGUGCCCGAGGGAGCAAAGAGAGGCUCUAAGGCCAUCAGUAUGGAAGAAAACACGACACACGUGACUCCUCUUAGUUAUCCAAUGCAUUCUGCUUACCCAGCUCUACAGCCGCAGAUGUCGGGCUUCAUGCUUCCUCAGGAGAGGCGAGACUGGAGGGAAUUCGGCUCAGAUCCACCGCACACACAGACGCCUCACGCUGAUUUACCAUACGGCCAGUGUCCGUAUCCACCAUCCCGCUCGCUGCCCUGGCACACAGCACCCUGCGAUAAUGGAUACCAGAUUUCAGGCUCUUUCUACACAUACUCGCCAUCAGAAAGUCACCCGGUGGCGAUGGAUCCUAGUAUGAGAUCGGCUGAAGCCAUGGCCAUUUCAGACUGCCGGCUCCACGUCUCUCUCUUCUACCGUGAGUCUCUGGUGAAAGAACUGACCACCAGCAGUCCUGAAGGCUGUCGGAUCUCCUCAUCGGCGUCUCCAGGCUCUCCUUCGUCUCCGUCGUCUCCGUCAGAAGAGCGUCUGUACGGCGGGGCUGAGCCAGUGCUGUUCCCGUUCCCGUACCCGCAGUCGCAGCGGCGCGGUGCAGAGAAACUCCCCAACGUGCUGGAGCGCGGCGUCCUGCUGUGGCUCUCCCCUGACGGACUCUACGCCAAACGCCUGUGCCAGGGGAGAGUGUACUGGGAGGGACCGCUCGCUCCGUACGCCGACAAACCCAACAAACUGGAGAAAGAGCAGACCUGCAAACUGAUGGACACACAGCAGUUCCUCACAGAGCUACAAGGCUUCAUUCAUCACGGUCGCCCCAUGCCUCGCUCUCAGGUCAUUCUGUGCUUCGGGGACGAGUUUCCAGAUCCUCAACGGCAGAGCAAAAUGAUCACAGCUCAGGUGGAGCCGAUGUUCGCCAGGCAGCUCCUGUAUUUCGCCAGUCAGACCAACGGGCAUUACCUGCGCAGCUACGAGCUCCAAACCCCUGGAUCUUUACCUGUGGAGGACUAUCAGAGGAGUCUACAACACCUGACAGAGUGAACGAGGAAGAAAAACAUCCAUCUGCACUGAGCAAGAGCACGCUUUUACAUCUGAAAACACACACAGAUGUGCAGACACACUGUUAUACUGAGGCAAAUCUGUCGACAAAGGUAAAUCUGACUGUUUCUUGAUGCAAUUGUGAGCUUUUGCAGGUCAGAUUUAUCAGCCCUCCUGUAUAUAUCCAUCUGCAACACAUUUAUAAACAUAAGAGUUUGUUCUGGAGACAGUCCAAAACUAAUAUUGCUGAAGGGGGGUAAUA